AUGGUUUCUCUCAAAGUUUGCUUUCUGCUCCUUGCCAGCUCGGAGUUGGCGUUUGGCGCUGCCCCUGGCGCACGUUCUCGCCGCAGAGGUACCGCUCCCGCCAACCCGUACGACAAGGAUACAACCAGUUACUGUACCUGGUGGCUUGAUUAUAACGAGGAGCUUCCAUGUGACCAGGUGCUCCAGGCAAACUCCAUUACCCUGGAGAAGUUCCGGCGUUGGGUAAGUGGCGGACAAUCUAAUACCCCCAUUAACCAGUGGGAGAAUCAUAAGGCUAACCAUAAGGCUAAGAAUCCAUCAAUCACCGGUAACUGUGAGGGCAUGACUGUAGGCAAGUCCUAUUGCGUGGAAGCAGCAUUUGAACCAACGCCAACAGCUUCGCCAACGGGGCCAUCAGGGCCAACGGGCACACCUGGUACCAUUGAGACCCCUUUGCCAACACAGCCCGAGAUUGCCCCUAAUUGUGAUGCAUUUCACCUUGUCAAACAGGGAGAAGAUUGCGGUACCAUUUCUGCCACUUAUGGAAUCACCAGUGCCCAGUUUCUAGCCUGGAAUCCAAGUGCUGGCAAAGACUGCACCGGGCUUUGGGCAAAUGCCUAUGCUUGUGUGUCUAUUGUUGGCCAUGAGCCGCCCAAGACUACAUCUCAAGCUCCUCAACCAACUCCAACUAAGCCAUCUAACGGUAUUGAGACGCCUCUCCCAACACAGCCUAAGAUUGUGGACAACUGCGACAAGUUUCACUUGGUCCAGUCUGGUGAGGGCUGUGCUGCCAUAACAUCUAAGUAUGGUAUCUCCUUAGCACAGUUUACACAGUGGAACCCAGCAGCUGGUAGCAAUUGUGAAGGCCUCUGGGCUAACGCAUAUGCCUGUGUCUCUAUCAUCGGCCACGAACCCAUGCCGACUCCGACCAAACCUAGCAAUGGAAUUGAAACACCACUGCCUACCCAGCCUGAAAUUGUCGACAAUUGUAACAAGUUCUACCUCGUCCAGUCUGGCGAUACAUGCACCACAAUUGUGUCGAAAUACGGCAUCACCCUAUCUGACUUCACGAAAUGGAAUCCCAAGGCCGGAAACACAUGUGCAGGCCUCUGGGCUAAUGCCUAUUCCUGCGUGUCAAUCAUCGGGUAUACUCCAAAGCCAUCACCAACCCCGACCCCAACAAAGCCUCCAAAUGGUAUUCAAACACCCACUCCGAUCCAAAACGGGAUGGUUACGAACUGCAACAAGUUCCAUUUUGUUGAGAAUGGGAAUACCUGCCCGGUCAUUCAGGCGAAGUAUAAGGUCACGUUGGCAGAUCUCGUUAGAUGGAACCCAGCAAUCAAGGCUGAUUGUACCGGCUUAUGGGCAAAGACUUAUCUCUGUGUUGGGACUCUUUGA